AUGCGGCUCCCGGCGGGCACGGCCGGGCGCUCCCGCCGCUCCCCGCAAACUUCACCUGUGGAACGGGCGGGAGCGCCCGGCCUGACGGGACACGGCCGCUUUCGCGUGUGUCGAAAUUGCGGCGCGAAAGUGAUUUUUCAUCUCGCUGCUCUCUUUACAACUAAGAUGCAGUUUUUCGUUGUGUUCGUGCGGAAUGCAAAGCCAAAACUUAUAGAACCGAUAGACUAUGAAAAUGUCAUUGUUCAGAGGAAAACACAGAUUUUGAAUGAUCCUCUACGUGAGAUGCUACUGUUCCCUUAUGAUGACUUCCAGACAGCAUUAUUGCAGCGGCAGAGUCGAUACAUUCGGUCAACGGUUCCUGAAAAUGCAGAGAAAGAAGCUCAGAGCCUGUUUGUAACUGAGUGCAUCAAAACCUACAAUUCAGACUGGCAUAUUGUUAACUAUAGAUAUGAGGAUUACUCAGGAGAGUUUCGACAGCUUCCAAAUAAAGGGACAAAGCCAGACAAGCUUCCUGUUCAUUUAUAUGAAGUGGAUGAAGAAGCAGAUAAAGAUGAGGAUGCAGCAUCUCUUGGGUCUCAGAAGGGUGGAAUAACAAAACAAGGAUGGCUGUACAAAGGCAACAUGAACAGUGCAAUCAGUGUGACAAUGAGAUCAUUUAAAAGAAGAUUUUUCCACUUAAUCCAGCUUGGUGAUGGAUCCUAUAAUCUCAAUUUCUACAAAGAUGAAAAAAUAUCAAAAGAACCUAAGGGAUCAAUAUUUCUAGAUUCAUGCAUGGGAGUGGUUCAGAACAAUAAGGUCAGACGUUUCGCAUUUGAGCUCAAGAUGCAAGACAAGAGUAGUUUCCUUUUAGCUGCAGACAGUGAACUUGAAAUGGAAGAGUGGAUAAACACUCUGAACAAAAUCCUUCAGCUUAACUUUGAGGCUGCAAUGCAAGAAAAAAGAAAUGGCGAGUCCCAUGAAGAUGAUGAACAAAGCAAACUGGAAAGCUCAUCAAGUAGUUUUGAUAACUACUAUCCUGAAAUUGCCAAGAGUACCAGAGAAGCAGAAAUCAAGCUGAAAACUGAAAGCAGAGUUAAACUUUUUGCCUUGGAUCCAGAUGCACAGAAACUUGACUUUUCUAGUAUUGAACCAGAAGUGAAGCCAUUUGAAGAAAAAUUUGGAAAAAAAAUUCUUGUAAGGUGUAAUGAUUUAUCUUUUAAUUUGCAAAGCUGCGUUGCAGAAAAUGAAGAAGGACCAACAACAAAUGUAGAGCCUUUCUUUGUCACACUGUCACUUUUUGAUAUUAAAAACAACAGGAAGAUUUCAGCAGAUUUUCAUGUUGAUUUGAACCACGCCUCAGUAAGGCACAUGCUGUCCAGUGCAUCUCAACAAAUGAUGAAUGGCAGUGGUGACAGCUUACACAGAAUUCAGGACAUUCAUGAAACUGUCUUGCAAUAUCCAAAGCAGGGAAUAUUCUCAGUCACAUGUCCUCAUACUGACAUUUUCCUUGUGGCUAGAAUAGAAAAGGUGCUACAGGGAAGUAUUGCACAUUGUGCUGAGCCAUACAUGAAAAGUUCAGAUUCAUCAAAGGUUGCACAGAAAGUUUUGAAGAAUGCUAAGCAGGCAUGCCAGAGAUUAGGUCAAUAUAGAAUGCCUUUUGCCUGGGCAGCUAGGACAUUAUUUAAAGAUGCCUCAGGAACCCUGGACAAAAAUGCAAGAUUUUCUGCUCUCUUCAGACAAGACAGUAAUAAACUCUCAAAUGAAGACAUGUUGAAAUUGUUAGCAGAUUUCAGGAAACCUGAAAAGAUGGCCAAACUUCCUGUUAUUUUAGGAAAUCUGGAUGUUACAAUUGACAAUGUGUCACCAGAUUUUCCAAAUUACGUUAACUCAUCAUACAUUCCCAUGAAACAGUUUGAAAACAGCACCAAGACACUCACAGCAUUUGAAAUAGAGGAGUUUGUUCCUUGUAUACCAAAAUGCACUCAGCCUUUUACCAUCUACAACAAUCAUCUUUAUGUUUAUCCAAAGCACUUAAAAUAUGACAGUCAAAAGUCUUUUGCAAAGGCUAGAAAUAUUGCAGUGUGUGUUGAGUUCAAGGAUUCUGAUGAAGAGGAUUCUUUGCCUUUGAAGUGUAUCUAUGGUAGGCCUGGUGGACCAGUAUUUACUAGAAGUGCAUUUGCUGCUGUUCUGCAUCACCAUCAAAAUCCAGAGUUCUAUGAUGAGAUUAAAAUAGAGCUCCCCACUCAGUUACAUGAAAAGCACCAUUUGUUGUUCACUUUCUACCAUGUCAGCUGUGAUAAUUCAAGCAAAGGGAGUACAAAGAAGAAAGAUGUUGUUGAAACACAAGUUGGGUAUUCUUGGCUUCCUUUGAUAAAAGAUGGAAGAGUGGUCACCAAUGAGCAGCAAAUCCCAGUGUCAGCAAAUCUUCCCUCGGGCUACCUUAGUUAUCAAGAAGUGGGUAUUGGAAAGCAUUCUGGUCCUGAAAUUAAAUGGGUAGAUGGAGGCAAACAACUGCUGAAAAUAUCCACUCAUCUGGUGUCAACUGUGUAUACACAGGACCAGCACCUGCAUAAUUUUUUUCAGUACUGUCAGAAAACAGAGUCUGGAGCUCGUGCACUAGGAACUGAUCUUGUGAAAUACCUUAAGAGCCUUCAUGCUAUGGAAGGCCAUGUGAUGAUAGCUUUCCUGCCAACUGUUCUAAACCAGUUGUUCAGAGUUCUCACCAGAGCAACUCAAGAGGAAGUUGCAGUCAACGUGACAAGGGUUAUUAUCCAUAUUGUUGCUCAGUGUCAUGAAGAAGGUUUGGAUAGCUACCUGAGAUCUUAUGUGAAGUAUGCAUAUAAAGCAGAACCCUAUGUUGCUUCUGAAUAUAAGACAGUACAUGAAGAGCUGACAAAGUCAAUGACAACAAUUUUAAAGCCAUCUGCUGACUUUCUUACAAGCAACAAACUGCUUAAGUAUUCAUGGUUUUUCUUUGAAGUUCUGAUAAAGUCAAUGGCUCAACAUUUGAUAGAAAACUCUAAAGUGAAGCUGUUGAGAAACCAGAGAUUUUCUGCCUCCUUUCAUCAUGCAGUGGAAACAGUUGUUAAUAUGCUAAUGCCACACAUCACUCAGAAGUACAGAGACAAUCCAGAGGCCUCAAAAAAUGCAAACCACAGCCUGGCUGCCUUUAUAAAAAGGUGUUUCACUUUUAUGGAUAGAGGCUUUGUUUUCAAGCAGAUCAAUAACUACAUCAGCUGCUUUGCCCCAGGAGAUCCAAAGGCUCUUUUUGAAUUCAAAUUUGAAUUUCUUCGCGUAGUCUGUAAUCAUGAGCACUAUAUACCACUAAAUCUACCAAUGCCAUUUGGAAAAGGCAGAGUUCAGAGAUACCAAGACCUUCAGCUGGACUAUUCAUUAACUGAUGAAUUCUGUAAAAAUCACUUCUUGGUUGGACUGCUUCUAAGGGAGGUGGGCAAUGCCUUACAAGAAUUCAGAGAUGUGAGGCAGAUUGCCAUCAGUGUGCUCAAGAAUUUGAUGAUAAAGCAUUCUUUUGAUGAUAGAUAUGCUACCAGGGGCCAUCAAGCAAGAAUAGCCACUAUGUAUUUGCCACUCUUUGGUCUGCUCAUAGAAAAUGUUCAGCGGAUCAAUGUGAAAGAUGUGUCUCCGUUUCCUGUUAACCCUUCCAGCAAUAGCACAAAGGAUGAUGCACCAAGUUUGCCAACUGCAAGUCAGUUAGUAACACCACAAAAAUCAGGAAACACAUUGGAUAACAACCUUCCUAAAGAUCUGUUUGGUGUUAUCUCUGGCAUUGCUUCCCCAUACACCACAUCGACUCCAAAUAUUAAUAGUGUGAGGAAUGCUGACUCAAGAGGUUCCCUUAUAAGCACAGACUCAGGAAACAGUCUCCCAGAAAGACACAGUGACAAGAGCAAUUCUCUUGACAAGAACCAGCAGAGCAGCACUUUAGGAAGUUCUGUUGUUCGAUAUGACAAACUUGACCAAGCAGAGAUCAAAAGUCUGCUCAUGUGUUUUCUUCAUAUUUUAAGAAGCAUGUCAGAUGAUGCAUUGUUUACAUAUUGGAACAAGGCUACAAAAUCUGAACUCAUGGACUUUUUCACCAUUACAGAAGUGUGCUUACAUCAGUUCCAGUACAUGGGGAAACGAUACAUAGCCAGUGUGAGAAAGAUAUCAAGUAUUCUUGGAAUUUCUGUAGACAAUGGCUAUGGCCAUUCAGAUGCAGAUGUCCUUCACCAGUCUUUACUUGAAGCAAAUGUUGCCACCGAAGUUUGCAUUACAAUUCUGGACACUCUGUCAUUAUUCACAAUGGCUUUUAAGAAUCAGCUACUGACUGAUCACGGACACAAUCCACUGAUGAAGAAAGUAUUUGAUGUAUACCUCUGCUUCCUUCAAAAGAAUCAGUCUGAAACAGCAUUGAAAAAUGUAUUCAGUGCUUUAAGGGCACUUAUUUACAAGUUUCCUUCUACAUUUUAUGAAGGUAGAGCUGAUAUGUGUUCUGCACUGUGCUAUGAAAUUCUGAAGUACUGUAAUUCCAAGCUGAGUUCAAUUCGUAAUGAAGCUUCCCAGUUACUGUACUUCUUGAUGAGAAAUAAUUUUGACUACACAGGGAAGAAGUCUUUUGUUCGAACACAUCUGCAAGUUAUUAUUUCAGUAAGCCAGUUAAUUGCUGAUGUGGUUGGAAUUGGAGGAACUAGAUUUCAGCAGUCUCUUUCCAUCAUCAACAACUGUGCCAAUAACGACAGAAUUAUUAAGCACACUACAUUCCCUUCUGAUGUUAAGGAUUUAACCAAACGGAUUCGUACGGUGCUGAUGGCUACGGCUCAGAUGAAGGAACAUGAGAAUGAUCCAGAAAUGCUUGUAGACCUCCAGUACAGCUUGGCAAAGUCCUAUGCAAGUACACCUGAACUGAGGAAGACAUGGUUAGACAGCAUGGCAAGGAUCCAUGUUAAAAAUGGAGAUCUUUCAGAGGCAGCAAUGUGCUACGUCCAUGUUGCAGCACUGGUUGCAGAAUAUCUCACACGAAAAGGGAUGUUUAGGCAAGGCUGUACUGCUUUCAGAGUAAUCACACCAAAUAUAGAUGAAGAGGCUUCAAUGAUGGAGGAUGUUGGAAUGCAAGAUGUUCACUUCAAUGAAGAUGUGCUGAUGGAAUUGUUGGAGCAGUGUGCUGAUGGACUCUGGAAGGCAGAACGCUAUGAACUCAUUGCUGAUAUAUAUAAGCUUAUAAUUCCCAUUUAUGAAAAACGGAGAGAUUUUGAGAGGCUUGCUCACUUAUAUGACACCCUUCAUCGAGCAUACAGCAAAGUUACUGAAGUUAUGCAUACAGGCAAGAGGCUGCUGGGGACUUAUUUCAGGGUAGCAUUCUUUGGACAACAAUACCAGUUUACAGACAGUGAGACAGAUGUUGAGGGUUUCUUUGAGGAUGAAGAUGGAAAGGAGUAUAUCUAUAAAGAGCCUAAACUCACACCUCUUUCAGAAAUUUCCCAAAGACUCCAGAAACUCUACUCUGACAAAUUUGGAGCUGAAAAUGUCAAAAUGAUUCAGGAUUCUGGCAAAGUAAAUCCUAAGGAUUUAGAUUCAAAAUAUGCAUAUAUUCAAGUUACACAUGUAAUUCCAUACUUUGAAGAAAAGGAGCUGCAGGAAAGAAAAACAGAUUUUGAAAGGACUCAUAACAUUCGUCGCUUCAUGUUUGAGAUGCCUUUUACUCAAGGUGGUAAAAGACAAGGAGGAGUAGAAGAGCAGUGUAAGCGAAGGACUAUUUUGACAGCCAUACAUUGUUUCCCAUAUGUGAAAAAGCGCAUUCCAGUGAUGUACCAGCACCACACUGAUUUAAACCCCAUUGAAGUAGCCAUUGAUGAAAUGAGUAAAAAAGUUGCAGAGCUUAGGCAGCUUUGCUCUUCAGCUGAAGUUGAUAUGAUCAAAUUGCAGCUGAAGCUACAGGGAAGUGUCAGUGUUCAGGUUAAUGCUGGUCCAUUAGCAUAUGCAAGAGCUUUCUUAGAUGACACUAACACCAAAAGAUAUCCAGACAAUAAAGUAAAGCUCCUAAAAGAAGUUUUUAGGCAAUUUGUUGAAGCCUGUGGGCAUGCUCUGGGUGUAAAUGAACGACUGAUAAAGGAAGAUCAGUUGGAAUACCAAGAAGAAAUGAAGGCAAACUACAGAGAAAUGGCAAAAGAGCUUUCUGAAAUAAUGCAUGAACAAAUUACUCCAGUGGAAGAAAAGGCCAGUGUCAUGCCCAACUCACUGCACAUUUUCAACGCCAUAAGUGGAACUCCGACAAGCACAACAGUUCACGGGAUGCCCAGUUCUUCUUCAGUUGCAUGAUUGUUUUGUAAAGGAAAGUAUGUUUGUUUCUUUUGAAGUUUGUGGAUUUGCUUCUUUGUGUGCAAACUCAGGAUGACCUCAAAGCUAAAUGUUGGGCACAUGCAAACUGCGUAGUUCAUACGAAUGUCUGAGCACACUUAGCAAAUAGCAGUUACUGGUAAUAGUCUUUUAGAGUAAGGGAGGCACACAUAUAUAUUUUUUAAUCUUGCUGGUAAAAUUUAAAAGUGUUCACAAUGUCAUUGCAGAAAUGCGUGUUGGAAAAUUAUGAAGUUAGCUUCUGUUUUUCGUUAGAAAGUAUUAUUAAGAUGAAUUGCACAUUACAAAAAAAGUGUUGUGGGAUGUAAUUUUGCAGAUAUGUAACAUUCAGGUGUUCUUUUUGUGUAUGGCACAUAGAGAUUCCAAGUACAAGAACUAUUUUGGGGCUAGACAGAGACACUAGUUUUUGGGGUUUAAUGGAACUGACAAUAGUAGUUUUUGUACCAUUUGGCAAAUUGUUGUGCUUUAUUUUAUACCUUGUUGCAUUUUGGAGGUAUGCAAGCUUAGGUCUUACUGAACAACUAAAUACAACCAAAGGUCUGUAUUAAUGAACACUGAGUUAUACUAAAAUAUCAAUAGUAGUAAAUUGUUAUGUACAUAUUGUUUGUUAAUACAGUCCGUACAGUCUGUACAUAAAUGUAUUACAUUUCUAAGCAUUUUUUUAAUAUUCAUACCUGCUCUUACCAUUCUGCUUUCAGUUUCUUUUGAAAAUUUGCUCAUUCCAAGUAUAUGCAGACUUUACAGUUCAUUUAUCCCUGUAUAUAAAUAAGUGCAAUAUAAAGAUGUAUACAGUCUUUGCUAUGUUAGGUUUAUAUGCAGUUAUUAAAAAAAUCUUUUUUGCCAAAGCAAUGGAGUAUGUAAUUGGUAAUCAUGGUUACUGUGGUAAAUGGUGGUAUAAUUUAAAGCUUUUUCCAUAUUCUUAUUCUUUUAAGACAUUAAUUUAGUAAUUUUAUAUUUGGGGAAAAUAAAGGUUUUUAAUUUUAUUUAACUGGAAGCACUGUCCUGCUGUAAUUAAACAUUCUGUACUACAUCUAUAUUAAAAGAAAAAAGGUAGUUACUUUUC